AUGACUCGAUUUCCUCGCAUUCAGUCGUUAAUUUUACACAAUCCUGGCAGAGAACUGGUAUGCAAGAUUCGUCCAGAAUUCUUCCCACAUCUUAAAUACUUGACUGUCAACAGUGUUCGUCGUGCCAUUGUUCAAUGGUGGACUCUACUUCACAAUCGUGAAUUCUCGAACGGUUUUCCGCAUUUAUAUAAAGCUUGUUUAACUUCUGUUUCUUUUCCACCAGCAAUCGAAACAUGGACUGGCAGUUCAUCCAUUCGAGAACUAGAAAUUUGUUGGAUCAAUCGACCUCGUUUUCUCGGAACACUUCUUCUUUCCUGUCCAAAUUUACACAAACUGAAACUAAUUAUAGAUCAAUUUUAUUCUACUACUAUAUUUGAGUACGUUAAUGACGGUUUCGUUGAAGUUGACGAGAACAGUAUUCCUGAUGGUAUUGUUAUUCAUCGUGCUCUUCGACAUUUAGAAAUUGAAUGUGAGAAUUCAAUAGGUUUGUUUGAAUUCUUAGAGUCACUACUUCGAUGUGUGCCUGGUUUACAGAAACUUCAAAUUACAAUAUGUCCGUUUGAAGGUUUUCGAAUUUCAUGCCACAAUAUUGCACGUUUACUACAAAAUUAUGUAUCCUCAUUAAGUUAUUUUCAUUGUAAAAUACCUAUAACCAAUAUGUAUCCAUCGGACAUAGAUCAAAUGUUACACGGCAGUAUUCAUAGUAUACAUCUUCUUUUUGCAAAUGUAGAAAUGAAUAAUGAAUAUAUCGUUAUCAGUUCAGCAUAA